AUGGACGGCCUCAUUUUCUUCGUUGUGUUCCCUAUAAUCGAGGCUCCUCUUAUCACAUUGGCAGCAACAUGGAUCAAGGCCUUCCUUCUUUGGCUCCACGUAUGGAUGAUCCGCCGAUCAUUCAAUGCCCUUAAGAGGGAUAUCGAUAUCUAUCAUGCCAGAAUGACGAUCUGGGAGAAGGAGUUUCGUGAGCUCAAGAAACAGGUGAAUGUGGAACUGGCCAAACCACCGGUUUGGGAAAACCGGCUGCACACGAUUCAACAAGAAACCCUCACCCCAGUACAAGCAGAGUGUCUACGUGACGAGACAGAGAGGUUGAAGGCCAGCACACGCAUGAUUCGAAGAAAGAUUCUUCUUCUAUGGAAGGUCAGAAAGUCUCUUGAUGCUAUGCGUAUAGUCCAGCUUAAUAGGCUGGCAAUCCUUGAGCGAUCGAUCGACCUACGGCGAACUCAGGGAUAG